UUAUAUAGUCAAGUCAGUGGAAAAAGCUUUUAAUCUCUUAUCUUUAUUUCAAAAUACGUUUUUGACCGAAAUUUCUUAAUUCUUUCCUGAUAAAAAAAAACCUCAAUUGAAAGCCAAUUCAAUUGCGUUGUCUGUCUACAAAAAUUUAUCAAGGAAUCUCAAUGGAAGAUAGCAGGGAAUGAAGGUAGAUCGAUUGGAUCACGAGCAUAGUGCAAAGUUAUUUGCUUUGUGAGUAAAAAAAAUAUUGGGGUGUACAAUAAUUCAACAUAGGGAACUUCUAUGAACCAAAAACAUUUUAUAUGGGAAACUCUGCGAUGAUUUCUUGAACACCCUGUUACUUUUACUCAUGCCAAUUCUCUCUCACUCUCUGCCACGGAAUUAAUUGUAGCUCAGUGAAUUGAGUCCAGUCUGUCACUCCAAUUCAAGUGAGAUUGUGUUAUUUUGUAAAUUUUCCUCGUUCAUUUAAUUUUAUUUGCAUCCCAGGAAGUAAUCCUUUCAAACAUCCUGCAAACAUGGCCUUUGUACAGCUUUCUCGCCAUUUGAAGACCCUUGGGCGUCGAUCCGUACCAUCCAUGGCUAGCCUGAGACACUCCUCAGGCUUCAGCAUGACCCUUACGGAUGAGCAGAAGGAGAUGCAGGAACUUGCAAGGAAAUUCGCAAGAGAAGAGAUUAUCCCGAAAGCAGCUCAUCACGAUAAAACCGGAGAAUUUCCCUGGGAUAUUGUCAAGAAAGCCCAUUCCCUUGGUCUUAUGAACGCCCACAUCCCACAGGAAUUUGGUGGUCUGCAGCUACCACUUUUCGAUAGUUGCCUUGUUACCGAACAACUCUCCUAUGGAUGCUCAGGCAUUGGCCUAGCUAUUGAGGGCACAGGACUGGGUCAAAUGCCAGUCAUUGCUUUUGGGAAUAAAGAACAAAAGCAAAAGUACCUGGGUCGCCUAGUUGAGGAGCCUCUUCUAGCAGCUUACUGUGUGACUGAACCAUCUGCAGGAUCAGAUGUAAAUGGUAUUAAAACAAGGGCCGAAAAGAAGGGUGAUGAAUACGUAAUAAAUGGCCAGAAGAUGUGGAUUACAAAUGGCGGUGUAGCCAAUUGGUACUUUGUCCUGGCACGAUCUGAUCCUAAUCCCAAAACACCUGCUGGCAAAGCUUUCACCGCCUUCAUUGUGGAUCGUGACACACCUGGCGUGACUCCUGGCCGUAAGGAGCUCAACAUGGGUCAGAGAUGCUCUGACACGCGUGGAGUAACCUUUGAAGAUGUGCGUGUGCCAAAGGAGAACGUUCUGAUUGGUGAAGGUGCAGGAUUCAAGGUAGCCAUGGGUACAUUUGAUGCCACACGCCCUAUUGUUGCUGCUGGAGCCACAGGGUUGGCACAGAGGGCUCUCGAUGAGGCCACAAAGUACUCCCUGGAACGAAAGACCUUCGGCGUGCCAAUUGCUUUCCAUCAAGCUGUGGCUUUUAUGCUUGCCGACAUGGCGAUUGGCGUGGAAACCGGGAGGGUUGCAUGGAUGCGGGCUGCUCAUGAAGUAGACGUGAAGAGUCCGCGAAAAUCCUACUAUGCCUCCAUUGCCAAAUGCUAUGCAUCCGAUAUGGCGAAUCGCGUAGCAACGGAUGCUGUUCAAAUCUUUGGCGGGAAUGGCUUCAAUACUGAAUAUCCAGUUGAGAAGCUAAUGCGAGAUGCCAAGAUCUAUCAGAUCUACGAGGGAACAUCCCAAAUUCAGAGAUUAGUAAUCUCCCGUGAAAUGCUCGAAGCUGCUAAGCGAAUGAAUAAUUAGGGAAAUUAAAUAGUUGGAAUGUAAUAAAAUGCAAAAAAUAUCAUUUUCUAUUUUGUGCAGGUGGUGAAUUUUUAUAAAAUAAAGAGGAUUUGUGAAAAAAGAAA